CCUCUGUGUGAGAGAGAGAAGGAAGGGGACGGAGGCUGUCCGGCUCUGCGCUCUGCCUGAGGCACAACCACUAGCAAGCCAUUAUGGCCACCCCUUUCUGGCUCAUCUCCUUCCUGCUGGCCAUGUUGUGGGCUCAGGUAAGCACCGGAGAGGGCAGGUGUGUCAGCCUGGAGCAGAGAGCAAUGGGGCGGUGAAGAUCCUUCUCUGCACUCCAGGGCAUCAGGGACUUCAGUUAGGUGGAGGGUCCUGCGUACAAUUGAGUCCCAUCCCAAAGGCAUUUCCACCUGGAGAACCAAUCAGGGGGUUUCCCUCGCCACCAGGGUCCAUUUGAUUGACUGAUUUGCAGCCAGGAGGAAUUUUGCCAGCCUCUCUGUCCUAGACAAGGCUUAUGCUGUGCCAAGGACAGUAGACAGAGCAUGUAGUGGAAUAUACACGUCCAAGCUUCCAGCUAGCUGCUGAGCUACAUUCAAGGUGUUGGUUUGGGUGUAUAUACAACUAGAGACCAGGAUAUCUGAAGCAUCGUCUCCCCCCUUAUCUAGCCAAUCAGUCACUGAGCUCUGAAGGUGAGGGCUUCCUGCAGAUAAUGAUUAUUAUUUAUUGAAUUUAUAUACCGCCCUAUACCCGGGGGUCUCAUGGUGGCUCAGAGAAUAGUAUCAAGAUAUAAAACCACACAAUGCAUAAUAAAAAUAAAAACAACGACCCAAUAGCCCACUCCCAAAAAAACACAUCUUACCCAGCAGUCUGCUCCUUAUAAUAUAGGAAUUCAGUCUUUUGUAUGUGUUGUAUGGGAUCCUGGAUGACAGGUCGUUUUUUCUACCUGUGAUCUCUACUGCCUUGGAAAUUUAAGAGAUUAAUCUGUGCUUUUUCUGUAUACACCUGUGCGAUUGUAUUUUGUUCCAUGCUUGGAAUGAGCUGGUUUGGCUUAACGAAGUUCACUGAAUUAGUUCAGAAAUGUCUGGAGCACAAUUCAAAGCGGCUCCCGUAAUUGCCAGGUGAACCGAGCAGAUAUUGUUCAUUAUGGGGGUAGACAUUGAGACAAUUUCUCUAGUUCAACUCUGUGUGGUUUUUUUUUCUCCUCUUUGGGUCUUUAAGCUUCAAGAUGAUCAUUGUUUGGAAAAGUAAAUUAAACCAUUCACAUGCCACUGUGUGUGCUCUUGGAUGUUUUCUUAGUCUUCUUAAGUGUGUUUUGUAACAGGCAGCUUGUAACAGUUUGAGUGCUGGGAAAGAAAAAUUGCUGAGGAUCAUUUGGAUAAACUUGAAUUCAGCUGAACUGAAUGUGAACCAAACUAGUUGGUUUUGUAUAGGGACAAACGAGAACUGGAAUUCGUUCCUUUUUGGGCAUGUUGAACGUGAGUGAGAACUUGUUCCUUUUCAAAAUGAAUUUUCCAAGCUCUGAUUUAAUUUUCUCUUUGAAUGCUUGUGCAAAACUCUGUGUGUGUGUGUGUGUGUGUGUGUGUGUGUGUGUGUGUGUUUCUCUAAUAAAGCUUUACUUAAACCAUAACCCAACAAGUGUCUGGAACUCAGGUGAAUGCACUUGGUGGACCAGAUAAUAAUAAGAAAGUUUGUAGGAGUUUCCAGAUCAAAAUCCUUUCACCUAAUCAAACAAAUCUCCUAAUUAAACAUUAAAUUCUUACACAUCAUUCUGUCCCUUCUUAGAAAGUUCUGAAAACUGAGACCGGCAUUGGCACGCCAGACCCCACACCAUCCCUCUUUCUUUCUUUUUUAAAGCUUCUUGAACUUAGAAAAAACAACAACCCACAUUUUCAUAGUCAGGGGGUGCUGGGCAGGCAUGUACACAAUUCACAGAAUCAUAGAAUUGUAGAGACAUAGGACCUCAAGGGUCAUCUAGUCCAACCCCCUGCAAUGCAGAUGCUUAUGUUAUUAUUUUUACUUUGAAAAUAUAUUUUUCCCUUUUCUAUAACAUCCCCCAUCCCAGUAAAUUCAUUUGGCAUCAGGGCAGCAAGAGCAAAUUUCAUUUUAUUCCCAUAGUCACAACGGUGCUGCCGUUUACAUGUGUUCCAAAUGCAAAACUGCACUUGUAGCUUCUUUUCUUUCAAUCUGGGUUGGCAAACUGUGGAUUGGAGGAGGAGGAUAGCACCAAAUGGGAUGGGGGUGGGGAGAAAAGGAAUGCCCGUGGUGUGCUCCACAACUGACAUAAUUACACCUGGCCCUCUAAAGUGUUCCCCAUAAGACCCUUUAAGUCCAGGGUGUGAAAUUACCAAGUUGUGGCACUGAAUCCACAGCAAAUCCACUGUAAGUCCAGCACCUGUGUUCUGAAGGAGGGAAAGUUAUUGGGAGUUAAGUUGAACAAGUCUCACCCCACUUCAGAAACGAAACUCCAAGUCCCUGGAGAAUACUUAGCCUGGAAACAUCUGGCUUGGGUCGGGGGAGAAGUAAUGAAGUUCUGCCAUUACAGGCCAUUUUCUGAUUUCUGCAAUAGGGAGAGCACCUAUGUCGAAAGGGUGGUGGUGCUCUGUUUGGAGUGCAAGUUGGUAACCCUGUGGCAGUUCACCACUCUCGGGAAAUGCCCCCGCCUCUUCAGAUGGAGAUGUUGGCUUGUUCCUUUAACUUCCAACCUUCACGUAAAUGUCCUGGGAUCUCUCCGCUCUAUUCCGUCAUAACUGAAGAAAAAAAUACGCUUUAUCAGGGGGCUUUAGAACUCUCUCCAACAGAACUUUUCAAUGCCUGGGGGGAAAUACAGUUUACAGGGUGGCUUCAUGAGGAAGUCCCAACAGACUGCUUAGAAAACUAUAAUGUGUUUUCAGGGAGAGACAGGCCUUCUGCAAAUGUGGGCUGUUGUGCCCUGCGAGAAAAAGGUCUCCAGGUCCCAAAGGAGCCUGCCUUCAUUUUAGCCGCACAGAGAGAGGGAUCCUGUCCACACUCUCAUUUCACAAUCCUCAAUUGUUAGGGCGAGAAGACAUGUAAAGAAGGAUGCCCCCAGCCCACCAGCAAUGAGUCUCAUAGGCAUGUCUUUCAGCUGCUGCAGCUUUUCUGACUCCUGCAAAGGAAAGCCCUUCUCCUCUUCCUUUGCAUCAGGCCGCCCUACAGAUUCCCAAGCCUUUGCUUUCCUCACGGAGGGCUUGUGCAACUGGAAUGUCCUCUCCAUCCCACCCCCUUGCACCUUGGAAGCCGCUUUUCCCUUAUGGCACUUUGGCCCUUGGACCUCCCCCUCCAAAGAGCUGGAUGGGAUCAGCUGCUUUGCAUAGAAAGACGCAGAGACUCUUGACUCCUGGGAGGGCACCGGACCCCUACUCCCUUCAACAACCACCUAUUUGGAAUGGGAAACUUCCUUUCAAUGAACAUUAAAGGCUAUGAAGCUUCAGAGAUAAAAGGAAGGGAAGUUCUAGGGUUCUUCAUGGGGGCAGGGUGGUGUAGAUGUGGAGGAGAGCAAAGCCAUUCAAACUUUGGAGAGCCAGCUCCUGGAUAUCCUGCAGCUCUGCAGCAGUGAAGGAGGCAUCCCUCCCCCUUUCUGCCAGCUGCCCCCUGAGUCAACAACAAGCGUGAAAUGUCCAUGCCGGCAGCUGGGAGCAUAAAAAUGCAACCCACCCCAGUGACCGAGAGCAAAGAAGCUGGAAUUCCAUGUGGCUUGCAUUAGUGACACCCUGCAGCAGAGCUCUUCCUGGAAUGAUGGCCAGGGAGGGAAGUGGCGGGGCAGGGAAGGAAAGUCCCAUACAAAAUCCUGAGGUGUGACCCACCAUCCCGCUCCUCUGCUUGACUGCUGGGUGCUUCCACAAAACCUCCCUUCUAUGCUGAAUUUCUGGGUUCUUGCCUACUUGCAGAGAGAUGAGCCCCCAUGCUCUGUUUUGUGAAGUCAGCUUCUUGCUUGGGAAGGAGAGAGAGAGAGAGAGAGAGAGAGAGAGAGAGAGAGAACGCACAUCAGCCUGGAUAGCUCAGUUGGUUAGAGCAUGGUGCUGAUAAUGCCAAGGCUGGAAGUUCGAUCCCCAUAUGGGACAGCUGCAUAUUCCUGCAUUGCCAGGGGUUGGACUACAUAAUCCUCAGGGUCUCUUCCAACUCUAUGAUUCUAUGUACACCCCCUUCAACAAGUUGGAAGGUGGGCACUACAGUGGUACCUCGGGUUAAGUACUUAAUUCGUUCCGGAGGUCCGUUCUUAACCUGAAACUGUUCUUAACCUGAAGCACCACUUUAGCUAAUGGGGCCUCCUGCUGCCGCCGCGCCACCGGAGCAUGAUUUCUGUUCUCAUCCUGAAGCAAAGUUCUUAACCCAAGGUACUAUUUCUGGGUUAGCGGAGUCUGUAACCUGAAGCGUAUGUAACCUGAAGCGUAUGUAACCCGAGGUUACCACUGUAUACACUGAUGUGCAUAUACACCUGUCCUGCAUCCCCCAACUUUAUACUGCACCCUGUUCCAAAUAGAAGAUGUCCUUCCAUGCAGUUGCAGAUCUGUAAGGCCCUGACCCAAAUCCUAAGCCUUUCCACCGAAGGGGCCCCUCACAGCUUGCGUGAGCAGGGCAGAGUGAAAGGAUCCCCUUACAGCGGAGGACAGGGGGAUGUGGCGUUCUUUGUGGCGCUCCAGGAGGUUCGCAUGUGUGUGUGCAUCCCCCCUUGGCCACCUGCUGCUAUGGAAUCCAGGGCUGGGAGCUGGGUUACAUUUCAGGGCAAGUCGGGAGCAGGAGAGAAGGGAUGGGGGGGUCACAACUGGCAGAAAUGCUGCAUGGGAAUGUGAAGUUAAAUUCACAGCAGUUACGAAAGCAUCUCUCCUGGCCAGUGUGGUGUUGCUGUUAGAGUGUUGGCCUGUGACACCAGGAGACCAGGGGCGCCUCCAUACUGUCACCAUUUUGUGGCCGGGGGGGGGCGGUUCAGGUGCAUAUUGGAGCUUUAGGUUUGUGUAUAAAAAAUGCUCUUGUCUCCCUACUGAAACAAAUCCACUCCUUAAGAAAGAAUCAGACUUUCGCAGUGUGGGAUGAAGAAAUGACCGUCAGGAAGACAUAUGGAUACCCCACAAGCAAAUCAGGAUGAAUGCUCAAUAAAUAGGUCAUUCAAAGGAACUCCAGGGUUCAAAUCUACUGCUUGGCCAUGAAGCUCAUUGGAUGACCUUGGGCUAGUCCCUGUCUCUCAGCCUCACCUACAAGGUUGUUGUGAGGAUAAAAUUGGGACGGGGAGAGCCAUAUAUUGCACCUUGAGCUCCGCGGAGGAAAGGGGGGACGUAAAUGUAAUAAAUGCACUAGCAUAAAAAUUGAACAAGGCAACCGGUCUCUGGAGAGAUUUUACCAAAGUUUGCGCUGCAGCCUUGUCUUUGCCCGACCCCUGAAGCGGCUGUCGGGAUGGGGCUUGUGUGAAGGCGGUGCAGAAGCUCAGCUCAGUCUCUUCUCUGCAAGGCUCCCAGCCGCAGCAGUAGGGCAAGCGGGUCUUUCCUUAGAAGCUGGGUGCCAGGGAAGUCUGCCAAAGCAAGAUGGGAAUAACGUGGGAAAGGAGCUGAAGGAGGGUCCAGUCAUUCAAAAUAGAAACAAAAAUAGAUCUCACAGGGAAGGAAUGAGAGGCAGGAAGCAGCCAUCACCUCCCUUGGGUCAGAAACUCAGUAGCGUAGCCUGCACUGUGCCAAAAUCUGGGCUGGGAUCUUGGCUGGCUCACGAGGAAGGCCAAAGCAGAACAGUGCUAGAACAUCUGCUCUGCAUGCAGAAUGUCCCGGCUUCUGUCUCCAGGUAGGGCUGGGAGAGACCCCUGCCUGAACCUCUAGAGAGGUUGCCAGUCAGUGCAAGCGAUACUAAGCUAGGAGGGACUGAUGGGCCUGAGUCAAUCUAAGGCAGCUUCCUCUGUAAGAAGUCCAGCCGUCUCCAUGCAGCUGCUUGAGGGAGGGGAGAUGUGGAGGGAGCAGGGAGCAGCAGCACAUUCUCAGCCGGCCCCCACAGUCCCCUUGCUUUUUAUAGCCAACAGGUUCUGCUAGUAUCCACACUGUGAUGGCAUGGAGACAGGCAGCAGAUAAAAGCUUUUUCUCCCUCUCUUAUGACACUAGAAACUUUUGAACAUCCAGCAGAGCUGAAUGUUGGAAGAGUUGGAGGACAGGUGAAAGUGCUUCUUCAUGCAGCACAUAGUUAAACUAUGGAACUUCAUUCUUGCAGGGAGAUAGCGAUGGCCACCAACUUGGAUGGCUUUGAAAGAAGAUUGGGCAAAUUCAUGGAGGAGAGGGAUAUCAGUGGCUACUAGCCAUGUGCUGGACUAGAUGAGCCCUGUCUGGCCUGGAGGAGAAUAUAAGAAGGGCCCUGCUGGUUCAGGCCAGAGGGGGCCCAUCUAGUCCAGCACCCUGUUCUCGCAGUGGCUGACCAAAUGCUUCUGGGAAGCCCAAAUGCACAACCAGGGCUUGGGAUAAGAGCCUGGGCUACUUUUGGUGGGACAGCAACCUAGGAUUCAUCCUCCUAAUAUGGGGUUAUCCUGUUCUCACGGUGGCCAGCUAUAAGGGCUCAUCCACACUUCCUCUCGUCCUGCUCUUUCCCCCGGAGAAAACUGUUCUUUGGCACUCAAUCAGAGCAAACGGCAAUUCAGGUUUUCUCUGGAUUGACGUUUGCUCCGAGUUAGCACUAAAGAGCACAUUUUCUCUGGGAAAGGAGUGGGGCAAGGAGAAAACCACUCCAACUCAUGCCUAGAAAGUGCAGGUCAAGUGGGAGACCACUCCAGCCCAUGCUUUCUAGGCACAGGACCAGCAGCAGUGUGGAUGAGCCCUCAGUGUCUCUUGGAAGAAGCCCCUAAGCAGCCCCUGAGUGCAACAGAAUUUUCCUUGCUUGUGAGUUCCAGCAACUGGUAUUCAGAGACAUGCUGCCUCCAACAUGGAGGGAGAACAGUGACUAGGAGACAUAGAGAAAUUCACGGAACAUAAAGCUAUUUAUCAAUCUUUUAAAUCUACUCAUGACUGAUUGUACACCCAAGUUCUCAACCUAGUUGAAUCAGAUGCUGGAGCUGUGUAGUGGCAGGGAGUGAGGAAGGUGGCCAGACAGGGACUGUUGCCCCUGGAGGACAAAGGAGUUUUAUUUCUGCCAGAUCUUCAUUUUACAAAACUUAUAGCCUGCUUUUUCAGCUGAAAGCCAAAGCAGCUUGUGCAGAACACAGAACCGCCAUGAAAUUAAAAGUCAGAACAGAAGGCAUAAAAAGGGGGGGGGUGUAGCAGACACAAUAAUAAGCCUCUGAAGUCUUCAAUAUGUCAGAGACUGAUAUAACACCUUUUUUCCCCCCUGGCAGGAUGUCUGUUGCUCUGAAGAAGAGGUCCAUAGCAGCCCCCCAGUACUGCAUCUAAAGCAGCAGAAGGAUGGGGCAGGAAGGGUGAAGAGGGCUUGGGUGAUCCCUCCCAUCAGCGUGUCAGAGAACCAUAAGCGGCUCCCCCAUGUUUUGGUGCAGGUAAGGAGGAGAAUGGGCAGCUUGGUAUUCAACAGUGGUGGAAAGUGUUGGUUCAGGAGAAGGCUUGGGAAGCAAAGAAAUGCCCUUCUCUUCCCCACCCUGGUGUGAUGUUUCCAUGGCUGCUCCUGCUCUCUGCUUGCAUCCCACCAAGGUCUGCAUUUAGGCUUCUGACCCAGGAUCGUGCCUUGGAAGGAAAUGGCUGGACUGAGCCAGCCCUGAGACCUUCAUUGAGAUGCUGUGUUGUCAUCUGCCAAUAGCACAGCACCCUGCAGAAACACACCCACUUGCUCAUUGUGCUCAUUGCUAGAUCCAGUGCAGGGGUCGCCACCCUUCCUUACAGCCCCAUCACAAUCAACCAGGUUGUGGCUGCUCCUCUCCCUCCCACUCUGCCUCUGAAGGCAGGUUAAAAAUACAGUCUGGCAAUGGCACACAUCCUUCAAUACAUGCAGUGCUCACCUACAGCCACACCGGUUCAUUAUACCAUGAAUGUUGACCGUAAGCACUGAAUGUGUGUGUGUGGCCUUGGUUAUGGUGAAGGCGCAGCUGCAUUUGCCAUGCCAGGCUCCCCCACACCCUCGGCUUGCAGGCACCCACGUGGCAGCCCCUCCUUGCACAACAGCACAUGCAUUCACAAGAAAAGUGGCCCUCGCCUUCCAAGGACGUUGCACUGUGCAUCAAGCCUUUCAUUGCGCCAUGCAUCGAGAAAGGAUCCUGGCUCAGUGGCAGAGCAUCUGCUUUGUGUGCAGAAAGUCCUCCCAGGUUCAAACCCCAGCGGCAUCUCCAAGCAGGGCUUAGAAAGACUCCCUGCCUGAAUCCCCCUGGAGAGCCACUGCCAGUUAGUGUAGAGAUAAUAUCAUGCUAGAUGGAAUCAGGCAGCCUUCUAUGUCCCUGAGCCUGGUUGGGAUUUAAGUCACAUCUGGGUACAGAGAGGGGGAAGGGCAGCACCUGUGGGCAGGAGCAGGAGAAGUGCCAGCCCUCUCCCAGCACACAGGGCUAAUCUCCCUUUUGUAGAUUAAAUCAGACAAGCAGCAGCCCGGAGGUGUGAUCUACAGCAUCAAGGGUCCAGGAGUGGAUGAAGAUCCCAAGGGUGUGUUCUCCAUUGAUAAACGCAACGGGAAAGUCUACCUCAACACUGUGCUGGACCGGGAAAAGAAUGACCGCUUUCGGGUAAGGAAAGCCCAACUUGCUUCGUGGUUCAUUGCAGCUCCGGAGGGUGUUUUAAAUGUCAGGACUGAGCUCCGGAACACAUGCAAAUGGUGGUGAUGAUGAUGAUAAGGUACUUCUGAGCAUGUGCAAAAUGUAUUUCCCUGAGUAGACUCUGCCAACCCUGAGAUGUCCGAAAUGUUGGGUUGCCAGAGGCCAAGCUGGCUGGAGUUGAUGAGAGUUUCCAGACCCAGAAUAUUUUAAGGAUGGAAGAAUCAUAGAACUGUAGAGUUGGAAGAGACCCCAAGGGUCAACAAGUCCAACCCCUGCAAUGCAGGAAUCACAGCUAAAUGUAAAAUCUGACCCAAGAACAGAUAAGCCAAAGGGCAGAUAAGUUUGGCCAUCAAGCAGUUCUCUCUCACCUCCCAAGCAGAAGGCAAAUCACACCCCUGUUAGCAAGGAGGGCAGGACACAGACUGUGAGUGGAAACAGACAAGUGAGUGCCUUGUUCCAAAGUGGGGGGAGGGGCAGGGUCAUGGCAGAUGGAGGGGACAGGAGGUGAGGAACAAGUCUGUGCUGCAAGCCAACAGGUAGACCAACUGAAGUGAAGUUGGUGGCUGGUUGCCAGUUCCUUAUUUGGCCAAAAGUUUGAAACCCUGCUCAGUCAGAAAACUGAAAAAGAAACUAAAGUUCUCAGAGCUCCAAAAUAAACUUGAGGCUGCCCCAUAUUAUCUCUCUCAGGAAAUGGUCACCUCCAAGAUUCUCCCAAAAAAAAUUCUACCUACUGGGGUGCCAUGCCUGAUGGUGUCCUUUGACCAAAGCAUUAGGCUGGGCCCAAUAGCAAUGUCAUUUCAUAGAGGACACUCUUCUGGAGCUGUGGGGCGUCAUUUUGGGUGGCCCAAAGCUUAAUAUGGGAUCAACAUCCCCAGUUCCUAAUUUGGGGUCAUCAUGCAUGCAUUUGUGAAUGUUGCACAAAAAUAGUGCUUUUGAUGAAAGAUACUUAUUGUGGAUCUUGAAGGGGACAGUCUCCCUGGUUAUGUGUGGAUCUUAUAAGACAGAACUAGGCUUAUCUUGAUGAUGAUAAUAACUCAACACCUCUUGCUUUACCCAUGCCCAGCUCAGGGCCUUUGCACUAGACCUGAGUGGAGUUCCACUGGAGGAUCCCACAGACCUGGAGAUUCUGGUCAUGGACCAGAAUGACAACCGGCCCCUCUUCCGGCAGGCUGUGUUUAUUGGGCACGUGGUGGAAGAAGCUCCUCCAGGUGGGUGUGCCAGACCCUCGCAUGGUUCUUGUUUAAUACGGAUGGGCCAGUUCUCUGAGCCCACCAAGGUGGGUUGAACUGGAAGCUGAGGGUGGGGAACUGUGAGAAACAAGUAGCAGCUGAUAGGAAUGAUCGUCCCCUGCCUUAGACCUUCGAGAGUUUGUAUGCGACAAUGGCUGCACAAAUAUUGAUAGCCCAAAACUGGAAAGAGGAAAAAAACUCCCAAGGAAAAAGAUUGGCAAAUUAAGUUAAUUGAAUAUGCUGAGAUGGCUAAAUUAACAGGAAGACUCAGAAAUCAAGACAACAACAAAUUAAAAAAUGAGUGGGAAAUUUUUAUUGCAUAUAUGUCAAAGCAUUGUAUACAAGUUGAUACAUCAGCAGGAUUCUAAAAAACGUUUGCAGUAUUAUGAUAACAGAUCAAACUAGAUACAUACAGAUGGAAAAUAUUAUUUGGACAUGCAUGAAUUAACAAUAAUGGAACCAUGGAGAUGGUAGAGGGAAGUCAAGGGAUUGGAGAAAUCCCACAUUUCAAUACUGUAUUGAUGGUAUAAACAUUUUUAAUGUCUACAGUAUAUGAUGUUUGUUAUAAUUAAAAACAAUAAAAAUAUUUAUAUAUAUAAAAAAGACCUUCAAGAGUUCUGCCAGUCAGUGUUGACACCACUGGGCUAGAUGGGAAAAUAGAUUGUCCUGGUGGAAUAAGGCAUCUCUGUUCCUUCUCAGGUACCUACGUGAUGACGGUAGAAGCCACAGACGCAGACGACCCUGAGACAGACAAUGCCGCGUUGAGAUAUUCCAUCCUGGGACCAGAGAUGGGAGACGUCUUCACAAUUGACGAGCUAUCAGGGGAAAUUCAAACAGCCCGAGCUGGGUUUGACCGGGAGGUACAAGCCUGUCAAUGUUUAUCUCAGAGCUUGAGGGUGGAGUGCAGUCAUGGGUGACCAGUCAGGAGGCGCCAGAGAGCAGAGUGGACUGUACGCUGCACCAAAGAAUGAAACCAGUGGAAAUCUGGGAUGAAACAUUAUUUAUCAUUUGAAUCUGCACACAAACUUUGAUCAUUUGUAUCCUUAGGGUCUAUUUUGUUACGACAUUCCCAAUUUCGAAAGCUCUUGGGCUGAGAUGUUUUUGAAAAAACGGGGGCAAUCAUUUUGAAUGCAGCACAUUAAUGCUGUAACAUUAUUGCCCUGAAUUAUUUUUAAUAGUCUCUCUCUCUCUCUCUCUCUCUCUCUCUCUCUCACACACACACACACACACACACACACAACGUCUCAAAACUAUACUUGAAAGAGUGAAAUGUCAGGAAAUGAUUUGCAGUAUUCUAAAAAUACACCAAAAUUUUACUUUAUUUUAUUUGCAAAAAUCCAGUACAGUACAAAUAAGCUUUGACCUACCGUCUUUUGGAAAGAAAGGUGGGACAGAAAACCAGGUUUUUAAACUUAUCUGACACUAGUAGCCUCACACCCAGCAUUGCUGAAUAAUUCUAAGAAACAACAGCAAAAAUCAGUGCAGUUUUAAAAUCGGGGUUUCAAUCGGUGCAAUUUUUAAAGUUUCGCUCCACCAUCUUGAUUCAGAAUGAUGCCCAGAUGUAUCCAAAUAUAGAUUUUUUAAAAAUAUGCUACUCAAGCUCAGGAACCGUCAUGCAAUUUGGUUACAGCAUCUUAAGAGGUGUCCAAACGUAUAGAGAACUGCAAACAACUUUCCGAAAGGCAUUGUAGGUAUGGAACCCAGGGAGGAAUAGGCAGAUCCUAGAACCGUGUGAAUGGUAUGCUUCCCUCUCUGGCUUGUACCCUCUUCCCCACACCGUCACCUACCUCUGCUCCUCUCCACGCAGGCCAUCGGCAUUUACAACCUGACGCUCCAAGUGGCAGAUAUGUCCGGAGAGGGUCUGGCCACCACCGCCACAGCCGUUAUCUACGUGGAUGACAUAAAUGAUAACCCGCCUGAGUUCACGGAGAAAGAGGUGGGGAGCCCACCCACCACCCACUGAGGAGGCAGAACUGCUGGGAGAGGAGACUAUAAAGGACCCUGGCUGGGUUCUUUAUCCAGUUGGUGUGGCUGGAAGUUCCUUCUGCUCCGUUUGAAUGGAGUUAGGGGCUUCAGAGUGCAGUGGAGCAGGGCUUUGUUUGGCCUCUCCAAUAUCUCCUGCGUAAUACCAACAGCAACGAAACCCACUCCAGUUGUGAAUCAGGAGGUGAUCCACGCCGAUGAAUCAGUGCAGCUCACAAAACGCAUCAAGUGCGGGCCAUAGCGCACAGGCUGCUCCUUCCAAGCCCCUUGGCAGCAUCCAAUUGCUAUUUAUCAUUGUUGUUUAUUCCCAACGCUUCCCCCACAAUGAGUUCAAGAUGUUACACAUAGUUCUGCCCCUUCUCCAGUUCUCCCUCAAAAACCAGAAAGAAGGGGAAGACUGUGCCCUGCAAAGUGUGCACUGGCAGAUCUAGCCAGGCCAAAAUACUGAAUAACUCCCCCCCCCCCCUUCUCUUGCAGUUCUCCAUGGAGGCCCCUGAGAACAAGCAAGGCGUGGUCAUUGGGCGAGUGCUGGUCCAAGACAAGGACCUCCCUGGUUCUCCCAACUGGUUGGCUAAGUUCACCAUUCUGGAGGGGGACCCCAACGGAGCUUUUGCCAUCCACACUGACCCCCUCACCAACGAUGGCGUCAUCUCCCUGGUGAAGGUAAGGAAUGACAUUCAGCUGGAUCCAUCCCUGGAGCCUGUUUAGAGCACCGGGUUCAGCCUGGGAACAAUGGCCAAAGCACUGGGUGCUAAUGAGCAUGCACAGAGUGCGUUCUGCUCACCAUGGAGUAGCCAUGGCCUCCCCCAUUCCCUAAAUAUGAGGCCUGGGGUGUGGACUUUGAGGGGAGAGGGAUUUACAGACUAGCUGUCUUUGUAGAGUUUAAAUAAAGGCACACAAUCCCAAACUUUAAGCAAGCAAGAUAAUGAUAACCAGAGCACCUCUCACCAUGCGCUAAGGGCAGGUCCAUCAGCACAGGGUAGCCACAACCAGUCGCCAGUCCUCCUGGAUGAAGGGAGCAGGAUUCUGGGGCCAGAAGCCACAAUACGCAAAGUGGAUUUGAGUUCUUGCAACUCUUGCUUUAGCUAUCAAUACCUGGUUGAAGCUCAAAACAGAGCAGACAGAGAAAAGGCUGGGAAGCAGGAAUGCUGGCCCUAUUUGAGGGAUUUGCAACGAUGGGAGCAAAAGGGUCCCACGCCACUAACCACGGCUUCACCAAAUCUCUUUCCCUAUCAUCAGGCCCUCAACCACGAAGAACGGGACCGGUUUGAACUGCUUGUCUCUGUCCAGAACCAAAGUCCCCUGGAGCUGUCUGCCCCAAAGGCUGCCAGGGCCUUGACCACAGUGCAAGUGAAUGUGCUUGAUGCCAAUGAAGCCCCCUUCUUCCGGGAAAAUCCCUGGAGGGGAAGCGUGAAUGAAGGUGCGCCCCCUGGCACAGAGAUAACCCUCUACCGUGCCAGUGACCCAGACACCCAGCAAGGGCAGCAACUCAGGUGAGCUGGGCCAGAGGGCUUCAGGCUACCGUCCAAGGAGAUACUCCAAGUUAGCCUGCAUUGGGAGCAGGUGGGUGAUUUUAAGGAGGAAGGGAGCAGAAAACGCCCUGGCAGGGUUGGCCUCCAGGGCUUGGUGGAAUUCUGCCCUUCCAGAGCUGCAGACCAAAGGCAUGGCUUGGUGCCUGGCAUAAAAUUCAGUGCCGCAAGAACUGCAGCUCCUGUUCCCCUUUUUGUUUUAAAUAAGUCUCUAGCCUUUAUGGCCUAGAAGAAAAACAUACCAACUUGCAGAAACAGAAGAAAAGUCCUGCUGGAUCAGGUCAAAUGCUUAUUUAGUCCAGCAUCUUGUUCUCACAGUGGCCAACUAGAUGUCUGAGGAUACCCACAAGCAAAACCUGAGUGCAACAGCAUUCUUCCCCAUUGUGAUUCCCAGCGACUGGUAUUCAAAGGCAUACAGCCUCCAGCAGUCAGGGGAGAGCAUAGUUGUCAUGACAGUGUUUUGUAUAAGCCUCUGCAAGGUGCCUCCUCCACCACACAAGCCCAAUUUGCCUCCCAGAUGUGUGUGACAUCCUGGCGAGUGUGACUUUGCCUCUAGGAAAGCAAAUGCUGUUCAUGAACACACACACAGAGAGAAUAUUAGCAUCUCUUUCUCUGACCUGCAUCCUCAGGUACUUCCAGGCCUCUGACCUGGCCAGCUGGCUGCAAGUGGACCCUGACUCCAGCCUGGUGCAGACACGACAGACGGUUCCCCCACGCUCAACAUUCCCAGGCGGCUGGUACACCUUGCAGAUCCUGGCCAGUGAUAAUGGUGAGAAGGUCAGGCAGAGUGUGGGAGAGGACAGGAGCAGGCCCAUGGCUAGAAGUUCACUGUAACAGGGGCAGGGAAUCACUGCAAAACAGCCGGCAUGGAGAUGCAAGACACUUGAUCAUGUCACUUGCAGAGCAUCUACACAUCUUUCAGUUAGUGUCACUCAUUCGUUCCCACACUUUUCAAUGCAUUUCCUCGUCGCUUUUCAAGCAGCAGAGCCGAGGGCUGUUCUUUAUAGUGGAGGUUUUGUUACACCGGGGGAGCAGAGGCCUUUAAUCCACUUUAGGUGCACAAAUGUUAUGAUAGGUGCUUGAAUCCCCCCUGCAAAAUACUGGGUCUGAAGCUGCCUUUAGAGAGUCUCAGAAGGGUAUAUUGGAUCAUAGGAAAAAGUCUGGCUCCACUAGUAGCCAGAAGAUGCCCUUGGGAGAGUUUGCAAGAAAAGUAUCUAUCCCUUAUUUGCCACAAAGCCUCUGGUAAUCAGAUAUAGAUUUCCCCUCCACAUGGAAGUUCUAUUCUUUCCAAGGUAAUAGUCAGUAACAGGGCAAAGCCAAGACAUUUUGCUGAUGGAGGUGGCCAAGAUGUCUCCUCUGCUUUUCCAUGCACAGGAGGUGACUGGGCUGGUAGUUGGAUCUGCUGCCAACAGGGUAGCAUUGUACACAUCUAAAGGCAGCCAGCUAGUUUAGGGACUGUGGGACAAGUAACUUUCGGACAAGCCACAAGGAACACAGAGCUCUAGCCUCCAAGCAGAGGGAAUUCCCAGGGGCUCAGGCAGAAUAGCCUGCAACCACAGCUUCCUCACACUGCUUAUUGUUAGGGCCGGCCCUAGUCACAAUUAAAUGAUGAUGAUGAUGAUGAUAUAUUAUUUAUACCCCGCCCAUCUGGCUGGGUUUCCCCAGCUACUCUGGGCGGCUUCCAACAGAAUAUUAAAAUACAGCAGAAUAAAGCUAUCCCUUAGCAAUGCAUCUAUGUUCUCCUGCUUUUUGUUUAGGAAACCCAUCCCUGACAGCUACGGGGACCCUGUCCAUUGAGGUGCUGGAAGUCAACGACCAUGCUCCUCUUCUGCUUCCGGUGACUAGCGAGCUAUGCAGCCAGGGCGGACGCCUGGUGCUGAGCGCCACUGAUGACGACCUGGCUCCCCACGCUGAGCCCUUCCACUUUCGCCUCAGCCCUGACAUGGCUCAGAAUUGGACUCUCGGACACAUCAAUGGUAACCUUGACCUGGUGGGCGUCAGCACCCCUACAUUUAGCAGAGGGUGGGAAAGAGAUUCAACCAGGGAUGGCAUCAGCGUUUGGCAUUCCCAGUCAAUUCCAAGGGGCCUGAGCACUCCACCUUAAAAAAAAUACAUUGACCUGGCUCUCUGAGCAAGGCUGGACCACAAAGUCCAGCCACCAUUUUAAUUUCCUUCAAUAUCAUCCAAGGUAUUGUGGGAAAUUAAAAUGGCAGCUAGGCUCAGCUUCCUGGCACUGCCUGUCACUCAACACAGCUGUUUCUGCCAUUGCUGCUGCCCCCAAGCAAGCCAGCCGGUGGGCACCUUGUCCCGGGACCCCUCAGACCCACUUGGAUUGGUCUUCCUGCAAAGGUAACAGAAAGCAUUUUGGAAGGGGGGUGCAGAAGAAUAGAAACAGUCAGGCUCCUGCUUGCUCCAUCCUCCUCCCUGAAACUCCCCCAUCUCUUACAGACACCCAUGCGCUGCUGCAGACUGAAGGAGAAGUGGACAUAGGGCUCCACGUCCUGCCGCUGCUCAUCAGUGACUCAGGGACGCCGCCGCAGGUGCGAGAGCAGCUCCUGAAUGUCUCUGUGUGCGCCUGUGACAAGUGGGGCUCCUGCCAGGCUCACGUUGCUGCCGUGGUGGGUGCUGUGGCAGGCCUGAGUUUCGGGGCCUUGAUGAUCAUCCUGAGCUGCACCAUCCUGCUCCUGCGUAAGUGCGACGUGCCUUCUGGCAUGAGAUUCAGGGCCUGUUCCUAAAAGGGCAUUUUGCUGGGGCAUGUCUGAUGUGGUUCAGUCCCUCAACCUAAUGGUAGGGCCAGCCUGUCCCGUGGGACCCGAGGUACAAUGUCAGAGCAGGCUUCUUGCGUCUCUUACUUGCUCAUGAGUAGGAGCUGCCAAACAACAGCUGUGUGUCAUGCUGUGCAGAGGCCUGGGCAGCCACCACAUAUAGCAAGGCCUUUUUGGAAGCAACUUGGGCCCCUGCUCUGGAACUUUUCAUCAAGUCCUCCCUGCUGCUCCUGCAAAAAUGGGCAGAAUCGUUUCUGCUUCCACUGGCCUUUUGAGUACUAAUUAUUACUUUUCUCACACUGCAUCAAUUUUCUGCUGUAAUCCAUCCAUCCGAAAAUGUAAUAUAUUAAGGAAAAUUGCUGUGCAACCCCCCACCCCCCAUAUUAGGAAAAAAUGCAUAAUGGUGUGCAUAUGAGGAGAAAUUCUCGCAAAACUGCUGAAAAAAUUCCAUGAGGACUUAAAAAAUAAUAAUAAGCAAACUAAUAUGGAGAAUUAAAUUUAGGAUUGGACAAAAAUGAAAAACUGUGAGAAACCAGAAUUGACAUAUUUGGUCAUUCCUACUUGCAGGAGGCUGGGAAAAAGAUGUUUUGAUGCUCUGCAACACACACACACACAAAAACACACACACAGCUUUUAACCUCUCCCUCUCUGCUUGCAGUCCUGGCGUUGCUGGUGGCUGCGCUGGAGCAUUCCCGCCGUCAGGCCUUCCACAAGGGUCUCCUGGGGUGCUCUCAGGAUGACUUGAGGGACAACAUCGUCAACUACAAUGAACAAGGAGGCGGAGAAGAGGACCAGGUGAGACCCCAAAUUAUAUGGGGGGUGGGGUGGGAGAGCACGGCAGAGAAGGCAGCCUGAACAAUCUAUGAUGGACUUAAAGAACUAUGGAACUCCCUUCCGCAAGAGACAGUGAUCGCCAGCUGGGUUUGGCUUGGACUAGACAAAUUCAUGGAAAAUGAGACUGCCAAUGACUGCUAGCCACAAUGGCUGGUAGUAACUCCACUGUUGGAGGCAGGAGGGCUCUGAAUGCCAGUGGCCAAGAAUUAUGGGUGGGGAGAGGUGAUGUCACACUCGGGUCCUCCUUACAGGUUUCCCAUUGGCCAUGGUGAGAACAGGAUUUUGUAUGCAUUUUCAAUUGGGGGUCUCCCAACUUGAAUCCUCCCCUACUUCUAAGCCUCAUCUGCCAGGCCCCAGCAGGGCCAGGAAGCCUUGUGUCUCUCUCACACAUAUCGUGGUUGUAAGGUCCCUCUUCCUGCCUUUCAGGAUGCCUACGACCUCAACCAGCUGCGCAACCCCGACCUCUUCCCCCCACCAUCUCUUCGGAGCAAGCCGCCGCACCGGAGGGACGCCCCCUACAGCUACGGCCUGCCUCAGUACCCCCGGCGGCUGCCUGCCUGUCCUUCCGACAUAGAGGACUUCAUCAACGAGGUACUGAAGGGACACAUCAGGGGCUAGGAGGAUGGCAGCGUGGGGAGAGGAACUGCUGAGGAUGGGAGAGGCCAAUUGGGACAGAGCGGGAAGUGGGGGGGGGGAACCCUCCCCGAUUUUGGCCACACGGAGCUACCCCCUUCUCAGUUUGGUGCUGGCACAAGUUAUUAAGAAGCUGCAGGGCCUAGCAGCCAAUACAGCAGGAGUGGGGAACCUGGCAAAUGGUAGAUGUUGCCGAAUUCCUGGCUCCCAUCAUGCUUGACCUCUGGCUGUGCUGGGAAUUGGGAGUCCAGCGAUUGCCGCAGAGCUGUAGGCAUCCCACCCUUGGGGUGCAAGAGGUCAUGGCUAGGAAAAAGGAGGCCUGGCAAUUAAGGUAAAGGUAAAGGGACCCCUGACCAUUAGGUCCAGCCGUGACCGACUCUGGGGUUGCGGUGCUCAUCUCGCUUUAUUGGCCGAGGGAGCCAGCGUACAGCUUCCGGGUCAUGUAGCCAGCAUUACUAAGCCGCUUCUGGCAAGCCAGAGCAGCGCACGGAAACACCAUUUACCUUCCCGCUGGAGUGGUACCUAUUUAUCUACUUGCACUUUGACGUGCUUUCGAACUGCUAGGUGGGCAGGAGCUGGGACUGAGCAACGGGAGCUCACCCUGUCGCGGGGAUUCGAACCACUGACCUUCUGAUCGGCUAGUCCUAGGCUCUGUGGUUUAACCCACAGCGCCACCCUGGCAAGUAGCUAGCCCUUAAUGCAGGCUUGCCCUUUUGGCUCCAUGGGGGCUGCAACUAGAACACUUAAAUCUUAUUUUGUUCAUUUAAAAAUUGUAUAUCCCGCUUGUCACAGUUAAGUCUAACCCAAGUCUCAGUUAAGAGGAGAGGGUCCUUAGGAUGUGGUUUGUCUUGGUGGUCCUCUGCUGAGCUCCCCUGGCUCUCCUCCCCCUGCAGGGCCUGGAGGCGGCCGACAGUGACCCCAGUGUGCCGCCGUACGACACGGCUCUCAUCUACGACUACGAGGGCGAAGGCUCGGCCGGCGGCUCGCUCAGCUCCAUCCUCUCCAGCUUGGCCGACGAAGACCAGGAUUACGACUAUCUCAACGAAUGGGGCCCACGAUUCCGGCGCUUGGCAGAGCUGUACGGUCAAUAGCGGGGGUUGGGGGAAGAUGGGGGGCGGGAAGGGGAGAGAGGCCAUUCCAGCAGCCAAGUAUGUGCUGGACUCUGCCAGCUGUGGACAGAGACCACGCAGCCCAGUUACCCUCUUGGUCUUUGGCUGGCCCCACUGCCAGCAAACCCCCCUCCUCUCAGCAGCUGCUGCUGCAGUAGUUAUGGGGUCACUUCCUGUUAUGCCACCUACUUCCCCAGGCAGCCAUCUUGCAGAUGAUAACCACUGCCCACUGUGGGGAAGGAGGGUAUCAGCGACCCUUAAACUCAGGUGCUCCAGGAAGUCAGCACCAUUUCCUGGGAAGAGCCAACCCAAAGCAGGGAGGGAAGGCAAUGCCAGUCCCAGAGUCCCAGGCAUAGAUAGGGAUGAGGGCCCUUUGCUAUAGGCCCACUGGCCAUUCUCACCCAAGGCUCUGAGCACCCAGCAGGCAAGUGGGUGGAGCCAGAUGAUGACAACCUAGCUUAAGAAAAUUGGGUAGGGAGGAGGAGCCCCCCACAUGAAGGGACCUCCACUGGGCUAGAUGGGGGCUCUGGACCCCCCCCUUCCUGAGCAGGCUAAGGCAGAAGACUCAAGAUACUUUGCUAGGCCCCAGCUGCACCGCUUAAGAGAGAGAGAGAUCCAGGGGGCUGGGGAGCAAGGGAGGGCAGCUGGAAAUAAAGCAGUUGAAGAUGGAGCU